ACAGUUAUCAACGCAGAGCUUAUUCUCUGUAGACGGGGAUGUGAGUGAGCGCCCCUAGAAUCAGGGGGCGGUUACAUUCAAGCCAAGGCCGAGUGGUGCUGCUACUGCUGUGCUGGGGACGGUAGUCAGAGGUGUGGAGUCGCCCGGUGACAGUUUAGGUCAAGUCUGGUCCCCACUUAUCUCAGCAUCAUGGCGGAUUCUUCUGUACAAGACUGGAAAUUGAAGUACGUGACAUCUCUGAAAGAGGACUUCCGGCACAUUGAAGAGAGGAACUUCCUAUUUGCUAAGACUGCAGGCCUAGAGCGGCGGUACCCCAGACUACGUGUCCUGCAAGUCGAUCGGGGGGAGGAAGAUACGUUACCCUAUUCAGGCACUCUACUUCAGCCGGCGGAGGUCAGCAAGUCUCCAGACAGAUAUUCCCCAUCCACUGUCCAGGCUCUCUAUAUACCUGAUCACUGCGGAUAUGUUCCCAAAACAGUUAUACUGCAGGGAGCCGCUGGGAUUGGGAAGACUGUGACCUCCCAGAGGAUGACAAUGGACUGGGCCUCUGGAAGUCUGUACAGGGAUAAGUUUGACUUUGUCUUUUAUAUGAGCUUCAGAAAUAUCAACCGAAUCACAGAGAAUAUAAACCUUGCUGGGCUCUUGGCCAAAGCUUGCAAUGUGCAGUGUUCAAACGAUCAGGUCAGAUCUAUUUUUAGAGAUCCAGAGAAAAUAUUACUGAUCAUCGAUGGCUUUGACGAGCUGAAAUGGUCUCUGGAGGAUAACUACGAGGAGUACGAGGACCCCUUUCAGGAGACCCACAAAGAGGUCCUCUUAAGGGCUCUUUUCCGUAAGCAAGUGUUGAGUGACCUGUCACUGAUGAUAACCACCAGGAGGCUGUGCCUGGAGAAGCUGAAGGAUUAUGUCCAGUCGCCGUGUUCCGUGGAGAUUCUGGGACUUGACGGAGGAGAACUUCAGAAAUGUAUUGUCAACUUCCUCAACAACCCGGAGGCAGCAGACAAGGCUCUUGGUGUAAUAAGGGGAAAUGAAGCUCUGGGCACACUUUGUUCUAUCCCUCUAUUGUCCCAGAUGGUGUGCACCAUUCUGAAACAGGGUGGGAGAACGGAUUCUCUGGCUCAAUGUAAAACGGCCACCUCUAUUUAUCUGCAGUACUUGAAGAAUGUAAUAAAGUACAAUGGCGGUAACCAGACAGUCAACACCUGUAUAAGGAAGCUUUGUGCUCUAGCCAAUGAGGGAGUCCUGAGUCAGAACUUCCUGUUUGAGGAUGCUGAUCUUGCGAGACAUGGACUUGCUCGGUCAGAAGUGGAGUCUGUGUUUCUGAACCAGAAUGUUUUCCACCAGGAUGCGGAGAAGAGUGUCUGCUACAGCUUUAGUCACUUGAGUCUGCAGGAGUUCUUUGCUGCUCUACAUUAUGUGCUGGGAGAGGAGGCAAAGCCUGGAGAAGACUCCUUCCUCCCCGAGGUCUGUAAAGGAGCAUCUAUAUCAGAUCAGUCUGCAUAUCACCCACACUUAACGCUAACAGUGAGGUUCCUCUCUGGUCUACUCAAUGAGAAGCGACUGCAGGAGUUUGCCAGCUGCAUUGGAUGUGAUGUUACACUCAAGGCCAAGCCUGCCGUGGAAAAGUGGAUUUUUGGUGGACGUGGCUCUAGAGUCUACAGCGAUGCUCUUUACUGCAUCUACGAGAUGCAGGACGAGGCCUUCCGGGGGCAAGCGUUUCACCAUGUGGAUUUGGAGCUUAGUCCUGGCUUAUAUUCUGGCACCAUGGAAAACAUAUGCACAAGAGAGCUAUUCUAUAGCCUGGCAAAUAGGGAAUGUCCUCUCUCUUUCACUAUGGAGGACUUUUUGCUGCGUCCUGGAGACCUGGACGUGUUGUCGCCAUUGUUUCACCGAUCUCCAAAGCUAUCCUUUACAAGAUGUGGGUUUCCGGAGGAAGGAGAAAAGCACGCAGAGGCUUCCUGGCUGAGUAAUUCUGACAGUAACAUCCAGGAAUUGGAGUUGCAGGUGUGUGUUUUCACCCUCUCCUUCUAUAAGGAUCUUGGCUCCUCUCUCUAUACCAACCGAACCAUCACCAAGCUUACCCUAGGUCAUCAAAAACUGCUGGAUGCUGCCUUAAAAAUUCUUUGCGACGGACUGAGGCACACGGGCUGUACAGUGCAAGAGCUGACACUAGAUGACUGCGACCUAACCUCAUCCAGCUGUGCAGAGCUUGGCUCCGCUAUUAAAGUAAACCGCUCCCUCUGUAAACUGGAUAUGGCGCUGAAUAAACUGGAGGAUGAUGGAGUCAGAUUUUUGUGUGAGGGACUGAAGGACCCAGGCUGCACCGUGCAGGAGCUGAGGAUGGAUUACUCUAGUCUGACCCCAGCCUGCUGCGAGUAUCUGGGCUCCGCCCUCCUUACUAACCGGUCGCUGACCACACUGUACAUGAGGGAUAACGAUCUCCAGGACUCGGGUGUAAAGUUUCUCUGUGAUGGACUCGGACACCCAGACUGCCCUCUGAAGGAGCUCAGGUUACAUGAGAGCAAUCUCACCUCAUUGUGCUGUGAGGACCUCCACGCGAUGCUGCUCACAAACCGAUCCCUGACUGCGCUGGAUCUGACCUACAAUAACCUACAAGACGUUGGUAUAAAGCGUUUGUGCGAAGGACUCCGGGAUCCGGCCUGUACCCUGCAGGAGCUUAUAUUGUCACACUGUGACCUGACCUCCGAGGCCUGUGGUUACAUCCGCACUGUCAUCGCCACAAAUCGAUCCCUGAGGAAACUAGACUUGACGUGGAAUAGUCUGCAGGAUUCUGGGGUGAAGUCCUUGUGCGAGGUGCUGACGGAUCCAGCCUGUGCUCUGCGUGAGCUGAGUUUGUACGGCUGUGAUCUGACCUCCUCAUCCUGUGGUGACCUCCGCUCUGUCAUUACCAAAAACCGCUCUCUGACCCAACUGGACCUGGCAGGAAACCAGUUUGAAGAGUCCGGAGUAAAAGCUGUGUGCGAGGCGCUCAGAGACCCAAGCUGCAAGCUGCAGGUAGUGAGAUUCGGCUACUGUGACCUGACCAAUUCCUCCUGUGAUGAUAUCUUCUCCGUUAUCAACACAAAUCGGUCUCUGACGGAGCUGGACGUAUCCAUGAAUGUUGAUGAGGAGCAGCCACGCUCGGACAUAGACGCUGUGUGCAAAAGGCUGCACCAUCCGGCCUGUACCGUGGAGAGAAAUGAGACACAAGACGGGACCUUUGUGUAUCUUAGAUACAAAAAACAGUCAUGAAGCGUUGUCCAUUCCUGUGGUGCCAGGUUUUGGUAUUAAAGGUCAAAGCAAAGUAUGACCUGGGAGUGAGCGUCACAUUCUGAACGGCGGAGUUUUAUAAUCCCCUCUACACGGCACUAUCUGGAGAUAAUGGAAAGCCCUAUAUGCACUAAUGCACUUGCCAUCCAUUGGACGGUUCUCUGUAGCCUUUGCUCCCCAAGGGAAGGCUGUUACGGUUGAGGGGGCGCAGGUGCGCUCGUUCUUGUGUGCUCUAAAUUUCAGCCCAUUGUAUUGCCUUAAUUUUACUAAAAUGGAUUUGAAUAAAGCAUCUUUCAGCAUAA